GUAGUAGACCUACCUACCAAAUCCAGCACUGAGCAUCUCUCUCCUCUUUUGUAACCACUCGUCUUUCUCACCAACUCGGUCAAAUACCCACAAAAGGGAUCGAGUCAAUUGGGACUCCGGAUUUCUUCCCUUCCCCCCUCCACCCCCUUUUGCCUCAUAUAAAUCCUCCCUCCCCCUUUCUUCCUCCACUUUCCAUCAAUCCACAUCUUCUCCCUUCGUAACCUCUCUCUCUCUAUCUCUUCUCUCUCUUUCUCCACACAAAAAGACCCCUUAUCUCUCUUAUCUCUAACUGACAAGGCACAAGCACAAGAAAGAAGCAGAAGACAGAGAAGAAGAGGGAGACAGAUAUGGGUCGUUCUCCUUGCUGUGAGAAAGCUCACACCAACAAAGGUGCAUGGACCAAAGAAGAAGACCAGCGUCUAAUUAACUACAUCAGAGCCCAUGGUGAGGGUUGCUGGAGAUCUCUCCCCAAAGCUGCAGGUCUGCUGCGUUGUGGAAAGAGUUGCAGACUUAGAUGGAUAAACUACCUAAGGCCUGAUCUCAAAAGAGGCAAUUUUACCGAAGAAGAAGAUGAGCUUAUCAUUAAACUCCAUAGCUUACUUGGAAACAAAUGGUCUCUCAUUGCUGGAAGAUUAACCGGAAGAACAGAUAAUGAGAUCAAGAACUACUGGAAUACCCACAUCAAACGCAAGCUUUUGAGCCGUGGAAUUGACCCUCAAACACACCGACCGAUCGGCGCCGCCGCCAACCCCACCACCACCACCACGACCACAACCACUACUACUGCCACCACACCCACAACCCCUUACUCCGAUGGGGUCAUCAACUCUUCUUCACCGGCACAUGCGCUUACGCCGGAGAUUGUCAUCAUGAAUAUUAACCAUAGUAAGGCUGAAGAGGCACAGAGCAGCAGUGGAACCACAGAAGAACACCAACAAGAACCACCACCACCACCACCACCACAACAACAGUACCCAGAUCUCAAUCUUGAUCUAUCUAUAAGUCUUCCGUUCCAACCAGAGCCACCGUCGACAAAUACAGCAGAAUCGAAGCAACAAAUAUUGUCUAACUACCAGGUGUUUACAGCACCACAGCCAGUCUUCACUCAAGCAAUCUGUUUGUGUUAUCGAUUAGGGCUUCAAAGUAGUCAAGCUUGCAAUUGCCAAGCCACCAUGAUACCCAAUGGUGUCGACAGAUAUUUCAGUCCAUUAGAUUCAUAGAUUAAAGUAUAGUUUCUUUUUCUUUCCUUCAAUGUAAUCCAUCUUUUUUCUCUCUUCCUCUUAUCAAAAAAUUCAAAAUAUAUAAAAUUUGAUUUUUGAU